UAAAAGCUGGCUAAAAACUCACCACUCAGACUCUCCCCUCUAUGGAAAUCUGAUUCUCUGCCAAACCCUGGACAAUAAAUACUCUGCAACUGAGAAGCUGCAGCUUUUUAAGGAGACGUCAAAACAGGAUCACAAGAGUUGGAAUAUAGCUGCAUCAACAACUAUCAAGUGAGAACAGGAAACCUCAUCGUCUGAGACCAGCCCUUCACAUUUAUAACCUAGUUGAAUUGAACUCACACCAUAUUUUAAUCCAAAAGAAGUCUGAAAAAAUGAAGUCUAAAAGCACCAAAGUUCCCCAAUCAAAGAUGAACAACUCAGCAGUUAAAACCCCACAAUUUCCUAAUGUGAAAGCUUCUAAACAGAAGCCUGAAAAAGUUCACCAGAUGCAUCUACGUUCCCGUCCUGCUGUAAAAAAUCAGCAUUGCUUUAGGAAAGAAAUAACCAAAAUAUAUUCAUCAAAAACAGUAGAAAAAUCAGUGCUGAAAGACAAGAGCUCUGUGAAAUACUACAAGGAUGUGGUCCCAAGACUUGCUAAUGCAACUGAUAUGCCAAUUAUAAGAGAGUUUUGUGCUUCCCUGAGUACAUACAAGGAUGAAUCGAUUACUUUCAUUUGUGAGGAAGAAGGUUCUGAGAUCUUUGUUGAAGAGUUACCUAAAGACCAAGAGAAAGACAAGGUGUUAUUAGAUUUUCAUCUAGCUCAAUCUUCCUCAAAUGAAACAGGUGAUAAUGUUAACAGCCCAGGAUUGAUGGUGAGCAUGAGUCCAAGAAAAGGCAAAGAUUUAUGGUUGCAGGCCAACAAUGAGGAGCAGACUGUGGAGCUUCAAAAAUGUGAAAAGUCGUUGCCAGACAAGGCCUACUUUCUCCUUCACUGGUACACUGCUGAAACUGUUCGGUUUGAAUGUAAGAGCAAUCCUGGAGUGUUUAUAGGAGUUAAAGAUAACCAGCUCGCUUUAAUUCAAGUAGGAAACCAAACUGAGGGUCAGAAUAGGGAGAGUACCCUAUUCAAGCUUUCUAUGAACAUAAUGGAAAGUUAUGCAUCAUAGGCUGGAUAACUCAAAUAGCUACCACUGGAGAAAGAAUAAGAGAGAAGGAAAGAAAAAAACAAAAUUUAGGGAAAUGAAGAGUGUUACUACACUAUGGAAUGUUUUCUUAUUAUGUAUAAAAAUGUUUUUGUAAUCCUUCAGUUUUGUUUAUAUCUGUUAUAUCAGUACUUGUUCAAUAUAAGUAUUGGCAUAGUAGAGUAAGUACAUAAAGGGACUUGCCAACAUUAUGAAAAGAUUCAGACAUACAUUUACUUUUUCACACUUUACAUAGAGAAAUUAGACUUUAAACUUGGAGUUCAGACUUAGUUCUAGUGUCACUUUAGAUAAGAAUCUAUUUUAAAGAGUUAUAUAGGAGUGUGAUUUUCGCUACUUCCAGAAGCAAUACAUAAACAAAUGCUACACAGAUUGACCAUUCCACAGCUAGAAAAAAACACUAAGUUUGUUCAGAGAUCAGCUUUUUAAAUUUUUUUUUUUACUUUACUUUUAAAUCCUCACAUUUAACUACUUAGUUUACUUUAAGCAAGACACUCUUACAUUUGGGAAGUGAGUUAAUUUCAGUUCAAACAUCCAGUUGGAAUCACUGAAGAUAUCUAACAAACUAGAACAUUUUUGUCAAAAGCAGUGAACCACACCCAACAUACACUGGGACAUCCAAGUACCAUGCAACCCAAGUAUUAUGGAUCCAGAAGCCUUCUAACCUACUUGAGCCUUGAUAUGACUUGGGACGAUAGUUACAAUUUGAGAGCUUGUUUGGAGGUUCUAGCAGGUUCUAGCUCGUAUACCCUAGACCAAACACUGGUCCGUCUCUAUUCAGGAAAGGCCGUCCUCUUCAACCAAGCACGCAGCUUCAGGAGGGGCACACAUGGAGAGGUGAGGGAGGAAGGGGACAACCGCCUAGCCAGCCAGAUCAGCCGAAUCAACCCUGGCGAUCAGUGGGGUGACAGAUGUCGCAGCCAGAUCGCCCUCACAUCUAAUAGUUAUAAUUUGAAUGGCAGACUAUACCUUAUGUUUGUGAUAUACCAUUUACUAGCAAGACUGGCCUCCCCAAAUCUAUCUGUGACUUAUUUUUUAUUGUUUUAUUAGGGAAACAAUCAUUUACAAGGCAGUUGUCACAUGGGUACAAUUUCUUUCUUUCUUUCUUUUUUUAUUGCCACCAGUGUUAUUGUUAGGGUUUGGUGCCAGCACUACAAAUCCACCACUCCCAGUGGACAUUUUUUUCUUUCUUUUUUUCUUUUUUAUUCUAUUUUUAUUUUAUAGGAAAAAAGAGAAAUUGGGAGGGGAGGAGGAGAUAGAGUGGGAGAAAGAUAUAUACCUGCUUCACCACUCGUAAUAUGUCCCCUUCGCAGAUAGAGAGCAGGGGCUCCAAUCCGGAUCCUUACGCAUGGUAACGUGCACUCAACCUGUUGUGCCGCUGCCCAUGUCCUCUUUCUGUGAUAGAGUUCUGCACCCCACUCCUGGUGUGUAAGUACUCCACCAUGGUGCAUGGGUCCCCAACUCGCAUUCUCUGUGACUUCUGCUUUAGUUGUCACAAUGAAAUAUUUUUUUACUCUUAAUCUUUUCAUCCGCAUGCAUGACCAACCUCAUUUUUUAAUGUUAUAUUUAUUAGUUUACCCAGUGUGGCAUGCAUAUGAGAUAUCACCAAGUGAUUUUCCAAACCCAGUGUUUUAUUUUUAAUUUUUGAGAGAAAGCAUAGAGUUACAGAGUGUUGGGGGGAGGUGGGAGAGGGGGCAGAGAGAGAGAGAGCACCACAACACUAUUCUACCACUCAUGAAACUUCUCCUGAUGCUGUACAUGGUGAUCUUCUGUGGUGCUGGGUUUUAAACACAGGCCCUCACACACAGAAGACUUUACCAGAUGAGGUAUUGUCCAUCCCCUAUACACAUCUUUUUUUGUUGUCUUGAUACCCAUUAAUUCUGCUUAGUAUGGAAUAUGCAUUAGAUUUAUGUUCAUUCUUUUUUUUUUUUUGACCACCUCUGUCCUUGAUACACCUUUUAUACCUUCUGGUUCACUUUCAUAUUGCCUGACCUGUAGGUGUCAAUACUCUUCUUCUGUUUUGUCUACUAAUGUAGAAUUUACAUUAACCUAUUGAUGGCAAUAUGUGUUAUUGAACACCUUUGUGUUUUACUAUUACUUAGAUAGUAAACUCAACCAUAUAACAUUUUUUAACUACUAAAGGGAUAGUUUUUACUUAUUUUAAAACCUUAUGGAUUUUAACAGUGAGUUUUCAUUGAUGUAAUGUUAACAAUAUAUAAUAAAUAUAUUAACAUAAUACUUAUAAAAUAUCAUUUUCCUGGGAAUAUAAUCUUUUCUAAUUUGUUAAGAUUGAUUUAAUAUACUUGCUAGUAGAACAUAAUAUAAAAAGAUUCUGAGAAUUACUAUAUGAGAGAAAAUAAUUAUAGAAUAUCUUUGUUCUGCUACUUUGUUAAUAAAUUUACCAUAAAGAUAAAAAUACAAACAGAAUCUAUAUCAUCUCCUCUGGAAAACAUUAUAUGCUGACCAUGUACAUCUGUAUUAUAUACUUUAAAUGAUUAACUAAAUAUAUCUAUUUUCACUGUUUAUAUUCUUAAAUAAACUGCAUUUAAAAACUAUAUAA